AUGUCCGAAAAUACACCUCUCCUUCGGAGAGAACCAGAUGGAGGUACCAAAGAUGGCCUCCCAUGGAGCGAACGAUUACAGCACUUCACCUGGGCAUGGUUCGAGGUCAACAUGUCUACCGGAGCGCUGGCCACAUUGAUCGGACAGCAGCCAUACAAUUUCAUCGGCAUAGGGGUUAUUGGGUGGGCACUAGCUAUUCUCAAUAUCGUUCUCUUUGUCCUUUUCUCCGGCAUCAUCACAUAUCGAUUCAGCACGGUGAGAGGCAGACUACUUCGUAGUCUGCACCAUCCCCACGAGAGCUUCUUUUUCGGCGCAUACUUCGUCAGCAUCGCAAUGAUCCUGUACUGCGUCGACCUUUACGCGGUCCCGAUCACAGGAGGCUGGCUUCUCAAGACCAUCGAGGUGCUUUAUUGGGUUUAUGCUGGCAUCGUCAUGCUGGUCGCCGUGUUCCAGUACCACAUCAUCUUUGACCGCGAGAAGCUCCCCGUCGCAGACGCAUUGCCCUCAUGGAUCCUGCCAGUGUACCCGUUCCUGAUGCUGGGCGUGCUCGGCAGCGCGCUUCUCAAGAACCAGCCAUCGACCUCCGGCCUGCCCAUGUUCAUCGGGAGCAUAGCGUUCCAGGGUCUGGGGUGGACAGUGGCAUAUUUCAUGCUCACCAUCUACGUAACUCGCCUCAUCAAUACCGACCUCCCCGAGGCGUCCAAACGACCGGCGAUGUUCGUUGCCGUCGGACCGGCCUCGUACACCGUGAGCACCUUUGUGGCACUCGGUAUGCAGGCGCCGAAACACAUCCCCGAGGGCUUCCUGGGAAUCCACUCCGUCCCCGUCGGGAACGUCUUCAAGGCUGUGGCUGUGGCUGUUGGCGUGUUCAUGUGGCUCGUCGCGUUCUGGUUUAGCUCGCUGAGCACUGUCGGAGUUCUAAUUUCGAUCCAGGAGGCACAUUUCACUCUGAACUGGUGGGGAUUCAUUUUCCCAAAUGUUGGCUUGUUCAUUGCGCUGCUCCAGCUCGCAGAUGCGAUGGACCUUAGCAGCGUCAAAGUUGUAGUCACGGCGGCUACAGUGGUACUGUUUGUGCUGUGGGUGUAUGUUGCGGUCAUGAACAUAAGAGCGAUCAUAAGAAAGGAAGUGCUCUGGCCGGGUCGCGAUGAAGACAUGGAGGACAUCAGCGGUGAGCCAGAAACUGGAGAUGGUGAGUGA